CCAACAAAAACCUCCACCCGCUCCCCAAUUUAUUUUGGAAAAAAAAAAACCCCCCUAACCCUAACCUCAUAGCCUUCACACUCUACAACGACGCAUCCUAAAGAUUCAUCUUUCUUCUCUACUUUGUUGAUUUCGCAAACAAUCACAACCUUUUCCGGCCAUGCAAACCACAAAUUUCGUAUUUUUUUUCUGCUCCAGAGUUCACGGCUCCGUUUUUUGUUUUUCCUCGAAUUUUCGCUUUGCUUUGAUCUAGUUUAGAGUAAUUAAUGGAGGCUAACAACGUUUCGGAUCGCUCAUUUUCAAUCUCCCGAUCUGAAUCAAAGUUAAUGGGGCAAAAGCGGAGUGGUGGUGCUGAGUUUGAAGAAAAAUCAGAACUUGGACGUAAGCGAGUGAAAACGCAAGAUCUUGACUCUUCUCUAGGAUUUGACACCGACUAUCCAAACUCAAAAGCCAACCACCUCUUGUUCUCUUAUGGAAAAGAGAAGUCCCUAGAAGCCACCAAGGAUGCUGCAACAACCAAUCCAAAUGUUGCUCCGGGAGAAUUAACUAGAAGCGACUCACAUCAUUUUCCUCAAUCACAUUGUCUUGGUCUCAAUACCAAAUUUUCUUCAGCUAGCAAUUCAGCUGGUGGUGAUAUGCCCACUUCUGCUCAUAUAUUGUCCUCAUUUCGGAAGUAUGACACAGAAAAUGGUACUUUUGCAGAAUCAAGGGGUUUCGGUUGGGAUCUGAAUGCAGAUGAUACUUCUAACUCACUCAACCGAAACCCCUUUUACCCUUUCAAAAACCAUGAACAUUUGAAAUCAGAUGAUGCUUCUGAGUGUGGGAGCACUACUGGUUCAUUGGAGGAGAAAGACCACCCAACGAGGAUGAGGACAGAGAUGAAGCAAAAUGGUUAUCUCUCCUCUUCUCAUGGAGGUAUAACUGUUCCAAAACCACGCAGGAGGAAGAGUGGAACUGAGGGGCUCAAGAAAAAGAUGGAGCUUGCCAGGAGAGAACAAAUUGACAGGUUUGCGAAAAUUGCAGCUCCAAGUGGGCUGCUGAAUGAGUUGAACCCUGGGAUUAUAAAUCACGUGAGAAAUAGCAAACAGGUUCAUUCAAUAAUAGAGGCCAUGGUGAGGUCUGAAAAACUUGAAAAUCCAUAUUCUGGAGGAAAACAAGCCAUCUCAAUGAACAGUGGGUCCAAAGAAAUUACUGAAAGAAAGAAAGACAUGGAAAAUGUGACUCGUUUAGGAAUGAAGCAGACUGGUCAUUAUCAUGAAGAUGCAUCCUUGAGUACUUUAUCUGGGAUCCAGCAGAAAAGUGGUUUCACAACCUUGUCCAGUGAAUCAUUACAGUUCAACUCAGAUGACUCAAGGAAGGAUGGUGACUUGAGCAACAUAGAUGGUUCUUGGUUGGAGCGCGGGGCACAGACCCUGGAGAAUCCCCGAAAAACUACUUGGCCUUUGGACACCAAGCAACACAGAGAGGAUGAUAUGCUUGCGCUGAAGUUGUCGUCAUGUAUAACCAUGGCCUCAGAGAAUCCUUGCUCAUUGUCUAACGAGGAGUCAGUGAACGCAACUGGGGUUUCUUGUUUAUCUGUUAAAGCUGCUAAUGUAGCUUCUCGGUGGUUGGAACUUCUUCAUCAAGACACUAAAGGGCGUCUAACAGCAUUGCGACGCAGUAAGAAGAGGGUUAGAGCUGUGAUUCAUACAGACUUGCCUUUGCUAAUGUCGAUGGAAUUCUCAUCUAACCAAGAAAAUGAUCCCUAUGUAAUGAAAGGUUCUGCAACUGGAUGCUCUGACAACACAAAUGCUGAUGUGCAUCGAGCUAGGUGGAGUGCUCUAUUUGAUCAGAUGGAUAAAUCCCUUUCUGAUGAAGAGAAGCGAUUGGAGAUUUCGUUGAACCAAGUAAAAGAUAUGCAGCUCCAUUGUGAAAGGGGCCUAAAAAAUUUCCACCAUAGUACAUUACAUGGUUCACAACAGCUAGGUGUGUUUGAAAAUGAUUCCAGAUUAGAGGAAGCGGAUAAUGCACAAAGGGAACUGGCCGUAAUUGCAGCUGCUGCUUCCAUUUAUUCAACAUCCAACUUUAUGUUGUCGAAGGAAAAUCUACCCUGUUUCUGAUUGUUAACUCCAUUCUCAACUUGUAGCAACUAAUUUCUAAUUAUAUUCAUCUCUCUCUCUCUCUCAAUGUGCUUUUAGUGGAGUUGUUGCGUUUGUAUCGGGUAACUGUAGAAGUUGUAGCCAUUCAUGUUCUAAUUUGUACUGGUACUAAUUCUCAGAUUAGAGACGAAUUCAUUGUUGAAAAUCAAUGAACUUUUGAUCCUUGGAUAAAUGAUCUUUGAUGCA